CUACCUAUCACCAUGGAUGUGGACGGGCCCGACUGGGAUCUCCUCUCGUCCUAUGCGGGUCUCUUGGCCCUCGCAGUGCUCUCCAUCUACGCCGGCUCCCGCGGCUCUGUGACUGACAAGCAAGUCAGAGUCGCUACAGGGAAGGAAACGGACGUGGCUGAAGAGGAGGAGGAGGAGGAGCUGCCCGAUCGGAUAGGUUCGAGCGAUGCGUACCUCUUCCCGAUCGUUGGAUCGAUGGUCUUAUUUGGAUUGUAUGUUGUGGUGAAGUAUCUUGGCGAGGGGUGGAUCAACUGGCUGUUGCAGUGGUACUUUGCCGUCGUUGGCAUCGGAAGCGUCGCCAAGUCGCUGAUAUCGCUGGUGAAAUGGACCAUGGGUAGCGAGCGGUGGAGGAAAUUUGAGAAAACGGAGAUCCUUGUUUUGAAGGGACCACGAGAGCUCGCAUCCGUAUCCAUGCGAACUCCCGCAUGGUACCUUCUGCCCAUCGGUGCACUCACAUCGAUCCUGUACAGCUUCGGUCCUAGCACCACCCGCCGGUCCGCCUUGCUGACCGACAUACUCGCGUUGUCAUUCUCUCACAACGCGCUAUCGCUGAUCAAGAUCGACUCGUUCAAGACUGGAUGUGUCCUCCUCUCGGGACUGUUUCUCUAUGACAUCUGGUGGGUGUUCGGGACAGAAGUUAUGGUGCAUGUCGCAUCGACGCUCGACAUUCCCAUCAAGGUGUUAUGGCCAAAGUCCAUUGUCUUUUCUACAGCUCGCGGCUUCACCAUGCUUGGUUUGGGCGAUAUCGUUGUUCCCGGACUGUUCAUAGCGCUCGCACUGCGUUAUGACUAUCAUCGUGCUUCACAGCAACAUGACAGCCCCUCCGUCCGCAAGCCAUAUUUCUACUCUGCCCUUUUAGCAUAUGUCGCGGGGCUCGGAACCACCAUUGUGGUAAUGCAUAAUUUCAAGACCGCACAGCCAGCCCUCUUAUACCUCAGCCCGGCAUGCAUACUCUCUUUCUUCCUUACCGCGUUCAUCAGAGACGAAUUCAAGGAUGCCUGGGCAUGGAGCGACGAGCCAGAAAAGAAGGAGGAUGCUGUCCAAACGUCAACGACGACGAAUGGAAAAACUGAUGGAUCGGCAGAAAACGGUUCAGUGGCAUUGGAACCGACAACGUCAUCUUUGCUCGAAGAUGGUGAAGAGGCUGGGAAGGACAAGAAGAAAAAGAGGAAGAGGAAGAAAGAAUGAGCACCGCCGAUUGAAGGACGUAGCGCGUUAUACAUAGUUAUUUACGACAUCCUCUGGGCGAGGACUGCUACAGUCACAAGCCACCGUGUAUAGUUCGUCCCGUCUCGAACUGUGGUGCACUGCUGAGGUCCUCACUGCGACGGUAACCGGCAUUGUAAACGUAUAUAGGCUCUGUGGUCGGUCACACAAAUACCAAGUUGUUCUCAGUCGCCGCUGACUGGACGCUGUUGUAU